AUGCGGGUUGCUGCGAGGGAUGAGGGCGCCAUGUUCUGGAAGUUUGACCUGCACACGAGCUCGCACCUCGACGCGCUGCUGGAGCGGGAGGACCUCAGCCUGCCCGAGCUGCUGGACGAGGAGGACGUGCUGCAGGAGUGCAAGGUCGUCAACCGCAAGCUGCUGGACUUCCUGCUGCGGCCGCUGCACCUGCAGGCCAUGGUGGCCUGGGUCACCCAGGAGCCGCCGGCCAGCGGCGAGGAGCGGCUGCGCUACAAGUACCCCAGUGUGGCCUGCGAGAUCCUGACAUCGGACGUGCCCCAGAUCAACGAUGCGCUAGGGGCGGACGAGUCCCUGCUGCACCGCCUCUACGGCUUCUUGCAGAGCAGCGGCAGCCUCAACCCAUUGUUGGCCAGCUUCUUCAGCAAGGUCAUGGGCGUCCUCAUCAACCGCAAGACUGACCAGCUCGUGUCCUUCCUGCGGAAGAAGGACGACUUCGUGGACCUGCUGCUCCAGCACAUCGGCACCUCGGCCAUCAUGGACCUGCUGCUGCGCCUCCUUACCUGCGUGGAACGGCCGCAGCUGAGGCAGGACGUGGUCAAUUGGCUCAAUGAGGAGAAGAUCGUCCAGAGGCUCAUCGAGCAGAUCCACCCGUCGAAGGACGACAAUCAACAUUCCAAUGCGUCCCAGUCCCUGUGCGACAUCAUCCGCCUGAGCCGGGAGCAGAUGAUCCAAGUGCAGGACAGCCCAGAGCCUGACCAGCUGCUGACCACCCUGGAGAAGCAGGAGACCAUUGAGCAGCUCCUGAGCAACAUGCUGGAGGGGGAGCGCAACCCAUCCGUCCUCGUGAGUGGGAUCCAGGUGCUGCUGACGCUGCUGGAGCCCAGGAGGCCCAGGUCUGAGUCGGUGACCGUGAACAACUUCUUCAGCAGCGUGGAUGGGCAGCUGGAGCUCCUGGCCCAGGCGACCCUGGACAGCACCGUGUCCAGUGCGGGGGCCCUGCACGCCCUGCGCCCGCGUCUUAGCUGCUUCCACCAGCUCCUGCUGGAGCCGCCUGAGCUGGAGCCGCUGCGCACGACAUGGGGCAGUCUGGCCCCACCCCUGGGCAACACGAGAUUGCACGUGGUCAAGCUGCUGGCCAGUGCCCUGAGCACCAAUGAUGCUGCCCUGACCCAGGAGCUCCUGGCGCUGGAUGUGCCCAACACCAUGCUGGACCUCUUCUUCCACUACGUGUUCAACAACUUCUUGCAUGCCCAAGUGGAGGUGUGCGUAAGCACGAUGCUGAGCUCCGGGCCCCCUGCCGACAGCGGCUCAGACACGCCCUCGGAGAACCCUGUCGUGAAACACCUGCUGCAGCGCUGCCGCCUGGUGGAGCGCAUCCUGACCUCCUGGGAGGAGAACGACCGCGUGCAGUCCGCAGGGGGCCCUCGGAAAGGCUACAUGGGCCAUUUGACAAGCGUGGCCAACGCCCUGGUGCAGAACUCGGAGAAGGGGCCCAAUGCAGAGCAGCUGCAGCAGCUCCUAAAGGAGCUGCCGCAGGAGCUGCGGGAGCGCUGGGAGGCCUUCGUGUCGGGCCCCCUGGCGGAGACCAACAAAAAGAACACGGUAGACCUGGUGAACACGCACCACCUGCACUCCUCCAGUGACGACGAGGAUGACAGGCUCAAGGAGUUCAACUUCCCAGAGGAGGCGGUGCUGCAGCAGGCCUUCAUGGACUUCCAGAUGCAGCGCAUGACCUCAGCCUUCAUCGACCACUUCGGCUUCAACGACGAGGAGUUCGGGGAGCAGGAGGAGAGUGUGAACGCGCCUUUCGACAAGACGGCCAGCAUCACCUUCUCCCUGAGCGCGGACGAUGACAACCCCAACGCCAACCUACUGGAGAUCUGCUACAAGGACCGCAUCCAGCAGUUCGACGAUGACGAGGAGGAGGACGAGGAGGAGGGCCAGGGCUCUGGGGAGUCUGAUGGGGAGGACGGUGCCUGGCAGGGUGGCCAGCUGGCCAGGGCGGGCCGCCUGGGCCAGCCCUCGGGCGUGCGGAGCCGGGGCAGCACGGACAGCGAGGAGGAGGAUGACGACGAGGACGAAGACGAGGACGGCCGGGUCCGCGGCAGGCCCGGGCCCCCCUGCUACCCCAGCGCCGGCCGCCAGCCUCCGGGCCCCAGCUGGACAGCUGCUUUUGACCCAGUGCCUAUGGACGGCCCGGACGGCUCCCAGGACUGCAGGGACAGGGAGCCCCGCGGGGAGCAUCCGGACCUCCCGGCCCCGUGCCCGGCUGGCCCUGCGACCCCCAGCACCCUGCAGCUCAGGUCUCAGGAUCCCGCCCCCCACUCCGCACCUCAGGAAGCCACAGACGGCAGCAAAGCAGCGGAGCCCGCGGUCCCCUGCCAGGCCCUGCUCAGCGUCGGGGACCUCCAGGCUGGCCUCAGAGGGACGCGCUCCGCCCCUAGCUCCUUGGACAGUGCAACCAGAGACCCUGCUACCUCUGUCCCGGCCCCCGGGGCCCACCAGCCCCCCCAGCCCCCAGAGGGGGAGAAGAGCCCAGAGUUCUCGGGGCUUCCCCAAAGCCAGAGUGCCCUGGUCCUCCAGCCGCUCCCGAUGCCCAACGGCUCUGCCCCAGGAGGCCCGGCGGCCCCGGGCUCCCAGUGA